GUAGCUUGAGGUAAUGGCUCAAGAACCGAUGUUAAUAGUAGUAAUAAUAAUAUAAAGUUCACCGCUGUUCUGGGUUCUUUCCCUUUCUUCCUUUUUCCUUUGGUUUCUGCAAAACUUAUUUGCCUCUUCCACGUCCCAUCAUUUCAUUGGAGAGCGACAUUUCCUUCAUAGUUUGUGCUCUCUAGUCAUUCCCUGAUACCACCCUCUUUGUUCUGUUAUUUUUUCCUAUUUAGUUCAUCUCCUUCCAUCGUUCUUUCCAUCGACACGAAAUGGUAAUUUGCAGUCGCAGAUUCAUGUUUUCCAGGAAACCUUGCUUUAUUUUCCUUCUUUUUCUAAUGAUUUCAACCACAACCCAAAUGAGAUACAACAAAGCUGAAGGUAAACCGAAUCCCACAUCUGCAAAUAGCUUUUCCAAGACAAUAAACGAAGAAGAGGCGAUGGUGUUGAAAGGUCAAAUAGGUUCGAGGCCGCCACGAUGCGAACGAAGAUGCAGUUGGUGCGGGCACUGCGAAGCCAUUCAGGUGCCUACGAAUCCCCAGGUCCGAGAUGGAAACGACCAUUCAUCUUCAACAUCGAUCUCUGAUGUUGCUCAUGCGAGAAAAAGUGGAGACUACAACUCUAAUUACAAGCCCUUGAGCUGGAAAUGCAAAUGUGGCAGCUUCAUCUUCAACCCCUGAACAUAUACGUAUCUGUAUAUCAGUAUAUGUGUGGGUGUAUUACACAGUUUCGAGAACAGAAUCUUAGGUUCUUGAACCAUGUAAAUCUGUGCAAGUCUGUAAGAGAAUUAGAUAGUUAACAGAUUGUCAGAAUGUUUAGAUGUAAUUAGUGUGCAAUCAGUUCCUCCUUGGACCGUAUGUAUAUACGUAUAAGGCAUCUAAAAAGUGGUCUUAUCAACAAGAGAAUCUGGUCUGAUGCAAAAUAUGAAUUAUGGUUAACUGAAACCUCAGUUGCGGAAUAUCCAUGGCAUAAGCAAGCAAA